CCCUGCGAGACAAAAAAACAAAAAAAACAACCACAGCAACUCGUCGAGUGACACAUUCCUCUCCCCGCCAUCAUUGACACUGACGUAUGGAUUGGUUUUAGCAAAAUAAAUACAUACUAAUAACACCAUGGAUUUCAACGUCAAAAGAUUUGCAGCUGACGCCGGUACUUUCCUAAGCCGUGCAGUGCAGUUUACAGAAGAGAAGCUUGGCCAGGCUGAGAAGACUGAACUAGAUGCCCAUCUGGAGAAUCUUCUAGCCAAAGCAGAAUGCACAAGACACUGGACAGAGAAGAUAAUGAAGCAGACAGAAAUUUUGUUGCAGCCAAACCCAAAUGUACGAAUAGAAGAAUUUCUGUACGAGAAACUGGAAAAAAAAGCCCCGGCUCGAAUGAACAAUAAUGAACAUUUGGGGGAGUCUAUGAUAGAUUCUGGAAAGGCGUUUGGACAAGGAACUGCAUAUGGAAAUGCUCUCACAAAGUGUGGGGAAACACAGAAGCAGAUUGGAAUUGCUGAAAGAGAGUUCAUACAAAGUUCAGCCAUUCAUUUCCUAACACCUUUUAGAAACUUCCUGGAAGGGGAUUUCAGAACAGUGUCAAAAGAACGCAAGUUGUUGCAGAACAAGAGACUCGACCUGGAUGCUGCGAAAACGAGAUUGAAGAAAGCUCGAGUAGCAGAGGCCAGAGCAGCACAUUUAAACUCUUCUCCACUCGAGGGCGAUAACCCUAUGGUAAAUUUCUCUUACAUGCUCAACUUCCUGCAUGUAAAGUGGCUGAAGCUUUGGACCGAGGAAGUGACACAAGCUGAGCAGGAGGUUAGAAUAGCACAGAGCGAGUUUGAUCGGCAGGGAGAGAUCACCAGACUUCUGCUUGAAGGAAUCAGCAGCACGCAUGCACACCAUCUCCGCUGUCUGAAUGACUUUGUAGAAGCACAGACAACUUAUUAUGCACAAUGUUACCAGUACAUGGUGGACCUUCAGAAGCAACUUGGAAGCUUUCCAACCACACUUACUUCCAACAACAACCAGAACUCCUCCAGCUCAGCGCAGAGCAUCUCUGUCCCCUCCAUUCCUGUUAAUUCCAAGCUGCCCACUCCAGCCAAUUCCAUUGUCACUUCAGGCUUCAGUGAGCUGAGGGCAUCGAGUGGCACCAGAAAGGCCAGAGUGCUCUAUGAUUAUGAUGCUGCGGACAGCAGUGAAUUGUCUCUACUGGCAGAUGAGGUCAUUCCUGUGUAUAGUGUUCCUGGAAUGGAUACUGAUUGGCUGAUGGGUGAAAGAGGAACCCAGAAAGGAAGAGUGCCUAUUACCUACCUGGAGCUGCUAAACUAAGCCUGUACGUGCCAAGAGCGAGAAAGAGAGACGUUAUUACAGCUGCGGUUUCAUAUUUAUAUGCAAUUUAACUUUUUAUGAAGCAGUUUUAAAUGUCUUCCACACUUAGAUGUCUUAUUGUCAUAGGGGCCAGUAGAACUUCCCACUGGAUUCAUAGCAGACAGUUGCAUGAUACAUAUCACAGACUCAAUUGAGAAAGAUCUGCAAGCUUUUAAUAUUUAUGUGUCAACAAAACUUUCAUAAUUGUGUUUUUUACUGAAAGUUUCACUAACUGCAAACAUCAGUGUUUGUGUACUGUAGUGCUUAAAAUAAAUGUAAUUUGCCAAGUAA